AUGCCCUCUCCCUCCUCCGCCGACCCCCAGUCCCUCGCAUCCGCGCAAGCCCAGAACGGCGCGUCCCAAAACGGCGUCAACGGUGACGGUGCCGUCCAACCCGCCCAUGCCUCUGCAAGCAUCAAUGGACCUGACACGGCGCCAAACGAGCUCAACGCGAUCCGUGACGGGAAACAAAAGGCCAAGGCGGUGCUAGCGGCCUCCGGGGUAAACAUGACAGACGCAAAAGCAGACACGGCAUCGCCAGCGCCAACAGAAGCCAUCAAUGGCGCGUCGCCGAGUCGAAAGCGAUCGCGUUCAGGAACCCGAAAGCCUUCGCAGACACCCAGCCAGCCCGGCGAAUCCACGGCCGCGCAGGCCCACCUUCUGAACCGCUACAUUGCGCGCGACCUCUUGGACAGUGUCAACAAGUACGAGCGAAACAAGCACUCGGAGAAGGUCUAUGGCGAGCUGAACGACCUGCGCCACUUCUACCGCGACGAAGUGUACCCUGUGCGGCGCCAGAAUCCAGGCGCAAUCUUCGGAUUUGGAUAUGCUGGCUAUGGCAAUGGCCUGACGGACGUCCCUCCUCCUAGAGAUCCUCGCGCCGCCGUACAACCGCAGUUACUCUACCCCGAGAACGCCAGGCGCGCCGGUCGUCGGCUCGCGCCCCAGCUCAAAGUUCCGAGAGAAAAGGGGGCGCAGCAAGCAGAGCAGAUCGAGGAGCUUGUACCUGUGCGAUUGGACAUUGAGUUGGACAGGCUGAAGCUCCGAGACACGUUCACCUGGAACUUGCACGACCGCGUUACCAACCCUAUAUUGUUCGCCCAGACCCUUGUUGAGGAUUUUCAGAUACCUCCAGAGCUGCGACAAAACGUAAUGCACCAGAUCGAUCGUGAGAUACACGAACAGAUCCAGGAUUAUUACCCACAUGCCUUUUUCGACGACGAGCCGCUCGAUCCACAUCAGCCAUAUUCAGCAUACAAGAACGAUGAAAUGCGCAUAUUGAUCAAGCUCAAUAUUACGAUUGGCCAACAUACACUGGUCGACCAGUUUGAAUGGGAAAUCAAUAAUGCUUUGAAUGCGCCCGAGGAAUUUGCCUCGCAAAUGGCCGCUGAUCUUUCGUUAUCCGGAGAGUUUACCACGGCCAUUGCCCAUUCAAUACGAGAGCAAUGUCAGAUGUUCACCAAGAGUCUCUACAUAACAGGCCAUCCCUUUGAUGGACGGCCCGUCGAGGAUGCAGACAUUCAAGAUAACUUCUUAGCUUCGCCGCUACCCUCCGUGUUCCGACCUAUGCAGUCAACGAAAGAUUACCAACCCUACCUAUACGAGCUAAGCCACACUGAUCUGGAACGCGCUGAACUAUCCAUCAUGCGAGAACAACGGCGGCAGAAACGCUCUGUUAACCGACGCGGAGGCCCUGCUCUUCCGGACCUCAAAGACCGCCAACGAACCGUUCGAACCUUGGUAGUCUCGUCUGUUCUUCCUGGCGCCGCUGACACGGUUGAGGAGAGCCAUCUUUUCAAAGCGACGCGGAAAGCAAGAGAAGGUCGCCGUCGCGUCGGUGACGGUAGUUCGGACGAGUCUGACAGCGAUGAUUCUGUGCUCGAGUCUCCGGCCCCAGCCCAGCUGACCGGGGGCACCGCUCGAACCAGAGGUAUGCGUGGUGCUGCGACUGCUGCUCAAGCCGCUAUGCGAUCAGCUAUUGGGCGAUCAGCAACACCGGAGAUUUCUACUCUCCAAAGCCUCCACGAAACUAGGACAACAAGGCAAUUGAGGUACGAGGCGCGUGACGAAAGCUGGCAAAGAAAUCCGAGAGCGUUUGCAAAGCCUGCCUCUACACCCAUGAUGGCACCUGCAGCUCCUCCAGCACGAAGCACACCCACCGCGAAUUCAAUGCCUCCUCCUCCCUCGCCUGCUAUGCCCCCUCGCUCCACACCUGGGGCUCCCGCGUCUGUCGAGGCCUCACCGAGGCCGCCAACGACGCCUACACCAACCUCACAACCGCAGAAGCAGUGGCAGUACAAGUCUGAUGGCUCGAUGGAUGCGCCGUGGCCGACGCCUGCUACAUCUCAACACCCUCCACCUCCGCCGUGGCUUCAGCAAGCUUUGCAAGAUCUACGCGAUCGAAACCCCGGCGAGCUAUUCGAGUCCACGAUGCGUUAUGUCGUCAUGAAUGAGGCACAUGAAAAUCCAGAAACGAAAAAGAUGGAAUCGAAGACUGUCAAGUUAGACCACCUAUCAACGAGCGUCCCACUACCACCAAACCACAAAGCGUACUUCCUACCGCGGAUACGGUGCAUGGACUGCCCAGGGAAGCUCUACAACGCAGGUCCCGAACGCACAGUCAAUAAUUUCGAACUACAUCUCAGGAAUCGCGGACACAUGAACAACGUGGCGAAACGGACAGGUCAACCGGUACAGUCCUAGCGGAUGAUGGCGUGUUCAAUGAUCAGCAUGAAUCGUAAGAGAGCAUUAAGAGUGGAUGUUUUCAUGUACGCAAGCGCAUUUAGGGAACUGUCCAAUUUCCGUUGUACAAAAUAAGUAGACCACUCUUGGCGUAAGGAGUAGCACGUGGGCACAGCGUGCUGGUGCAUUGGCGUUCUUGUUUGACGGCUACAAUUUGCAAAGUAGUAGCCCUUGUGUCAUGUAUCAUUUCAUUUAACCGGACUCACCCGAACAGUGGAGCAAUUGCAAUUCAUAGUCUCUCAUACCAGUCAAUUUUCAUCCUCAUUCUAGCACCUGGUGUCACAUAUAUAUAUAUAGGG